UAUAUAUAUAUAUAUAUUUUUUGUUUGAUCUCUUCUUCUUCUGUCCGUGGAAUUGGCUGUUGGAGACUUGUCUAUCUACCAUUUCUGGCCUUUUGGUUUCUGGGUGAUUUGGGUUUUCAACCAUGGAAGCCGAGAUUGGGGGAAAGGCCUACCAUUAUUAUGGUCCAGUCGUGUCAGAUUUGAAGGCUGUUGGGAAGAGGAGUGUGGAAUGGGAUUUGAAUGAUUGGAAGUGGGACGGGGACUUGUUUACCGCUGCACCCCUCAAUUCUCUGCCCUCCGAUUGUAGGAGCAGGCAGUUCUUCCCUAUUGGAUCAGAAAUUCCCACAAACUCCCUUGUGUCCAACAGUGUAUCAUCUGGUUCUGAUGAAAUGUUUGUCGGGAGUGACAAAGGCAAGAGGGAAUUGGAGAAAAGGAGGAGGGGUGUUGAUGGGGAAGAUGAAGAGUUGACUGAUGAGGCAGGAUCGCUUCAUCUGAAGCUGGGUGGCCACGUGUACCCUAUCACAGAAGGCGAUGCUGAUAAGUGGGAGGGCAAGAGUGGGAAGAAAACAAAAGUUGUGGGGCCUUCAUCUAAUCGUGCCGUCUGCCAAGUGGAGGAUUGUCGAGCUGAUUUGAGCAAUGCUAAGGAUUAUCACCGGCGACAUAAAGUCUGUGAUGUGCAUUCUAAGGCUACCAGAGCUUUGGUUGGGAAUGUUAUGCAACGGUUCUGUCAGCAGUGUAGCAGGUUUCAUGUUCUUCAAGAGUUUGAUGAAGGUAAGCGGAGCUGUCGUAGGCGUUUAGCAGGUCAUAACAAACGGAGAAGAAAGACACAUCCAGAGAGCGUAGAGAGCGGUACCCCAGCUACAGAUGAACGGGGCAGUAAUUAUCUACUUAUCAGUUUGCUAAGGAUACUCUCCAAUAUACACUCAAAUAAUAGCUCAGAUCAAACAAAGGAUCAGGAUUUGCUAUCCCAUUUACUGAGAAGCCUGGCUGGUCUUGCUGGUAUAGUUAAUGAGAAAAACUUGACUGGAUUAUUACCUGGAUCUCAAGAUUUGCAAAAUGCUGGGACAUCUGAUGGGAAUCCUGCAAAGGACACUUCUAGGAAUAUGCUGCAAUAUUCAACCAUGCCUGCUUCUGAAUCAGCACAGAAAAGAAUUUUGGGAGAUGAUGAUAAUGGGAUUGUACGAAUUUCAUCUCCAGCUCAAUCCACUCUACUUUUACCUCCAAAAGAAGGCAUCUUGACCAAAGCAAGUUCCUUGGGUACUACCGUUGGGAAGACAAGAAUGAAUAACAUUGACCUGAAUAAUGCUUAUGAUGAUUCUCAAGAUUGUAUAGAAAAUCUACAAAGUUCUGAUUGCCCUACGCAUAUUGGAAAAGCUUCUUCUGGCUGCCCUUUAUGGGUGUAUCAAGCCCCAUACAAGUCUAGCCCACCCCAGCCAAGUGGGAACUCAGGCUCUACAUCUACGCAGUCACCAUCCAGUUCCAGUGGAGAGGCCCAGAGCCGCACAGAUCGAAUAGUUUUUAAACUCUUUGGGAAAGACCCUAGUGAUUUUCCUCUUGCCCUUAGGAAACAGAUUCUUGAUUGGUUAUCACACAGUCCUAGUGACAUUGAAAGCUACAUCAGACCUGGUUGUGUCAUACUAACAAUUUACAUACGCAUGGAUAAAUCCACAUGGGAAGAGCUGUGUUAUGAUCUCACCUCCAGUUUGAGGAGGCUUCUUGAUGCAUCUACAGAUUCUUUCUGGAAAAGCGGAUGGAUAUAUGCUCGAGUGAGGCAUCGUGUGGCAUUUGUAUAUGAUGGCUGCAUUGUUUUGGACACACCAUUACCGCAUAAGAGCCAAAAAAGUUGCAGGAUAUUAAAUAUCAAGCCAAUUGCAGUUUGCGCCUCUGGUGAAGUUAAAUUUUCAGUUAGAGGAAUCAACUUAUCUCAACCCACCACUAGGUUACUAUGUGCACUAGAGGGAAAAUAUUUAGCCCAGGAACGUUGUGCUGAUGUAAUAGGCGGAGCUGAUCUAUACAUUGAGCAUGCUGAGAUCCAGACACUUAACUUCACUUGCACUGUACCAGAUGUUACUGGCAGGGGAUUUAUAGAGGUUGAGGAUCAUGGUCUAAGCAGCAGCUUCUUUCCAUUUAUAGUUGCUGAGAACGAUGUUUGUUCUGAAAUAUCUACCCUGGAGAGCGUCAUUGAGGCUGCUGAAAUUUCUAAUGGUUUACACGGAGACAACCAAAAUUUAGAAGCCAGGAACCAAGCUCUGGACUUCAUACAUGAAAUUGGUUGGCUUCUCCAUAGAAGUCAGUUGAAGUUUAGAUUGGGUCAACAAGAUCCCAACUUGGAUACAUUUCCCUUCCAGCGAUUCAGAUGGCUUAUAGAGUUCUCAGUCGAACAUGACUGGUGUGCGGUGGUCAAGAUGCUUUUGAACGUUCUGUUCAACAAACUCAUGGGUGAAGAAAAACGCUCUUCAAUUGAAGAUGCACUGCUGGACAUUGGGUUGCUCCAUAGAGCUGUUCGGCGAAAUUGUAGGUCCAUGGUUGAAGUCCUCCUAAGAUAUCAUCCAGAUGCAGAUCUGAAUAAAUUAAGUGCAAUCCGCUAUGUAUUUAGACCUGACGUCAAAGGCCCUGGGGGCUUGACUCCUCUGCACAUAGCAGCCGGACGCGAUGGAGCUGAGCAUGUGUUGGAUGCAUUAACUGAUGAUCCUGGACUGGUGGGAGUUGAAGCAUGGAGAAGUGCCCGUGACAGCACAGGAUUGACACCAAAUGAUUAUGCAUGCUUGCGAGGUCACUACUCAUACAUCCAUCUGGUCCAAAAGAAAAUCAAUAAAAAAUGGGGCAGCCAGCAUGUGGUGCUUGAGAUUCCUGAUGGUCAUGUACAGAGCAGCAUGAACCAGAAAACGGCAGAUGAAAAUAAGUCAAGGAAGGUUUCCAGCCUCAGUACUGAGAUGAGUGUAGUGAAACCAAGUCACGUACACUGCAGGCAGUGUGAGCAGAAAUUGGCUUAUGGAAGGAACAGAACAUCGCUAGCAAUUUACAGGCCGGCCAUGCUUUCGAUGGUUGCAAUUGCGGCUGUCUGUGUUUGCGUGGCUUUGUUGUUUAAGAGCUCUCCGGAAGUGGAUUAUGUUUAUGGUCCCUUCAGGUGGGAAUAUUUGGAGUAUGGAUCAAGCUGAGGUGGGAAUUUGUGGCAUUGUUGUUGGAGUGGGGCUUGUAAAAUAAAAAGCUUCCCUUGAAAAAAAGAUGUUGCCCAUGUUUGUAUUGAUCUCAUAUAAGUACUAAAUAUUACUAUAUAGGUAGGAGCUACAAUGCUGUAGCUAUGUAUAUUUAUUCAUGCUUUGUGAUUAUUUCGGAUCAUAAAGAAAGAUCAGUCAUCUCUGAAGCUGAUGUAUUAACGCAACAUAGGCUGUAAUAAUUCUUGGUGGCAGAUGAUCCAUAUGGAUGAGGGGGUGUAGAAGGAUUUUUUUUUUUUUUUGCAAGGAUUCGAAGAUAUUAUCUGUUGUUAUCCUAACCUGGAGAUAUUGGAAUGUUAAUUAGUGGCCAUAUUUUGAUCGGUGACGUUUAAUGAA